GCGGACUGCGCAUGUGCAAGGCCGGGCCCGCUGGGAGCUUCCGUGCGGCUCUGCGGACUUUGAGCAAUGGCGGGUAUGGAAGACAGCCUGUUGCACCAGUGCCCGUUGCUUCUACCUCAGAACCGGGCGAAAACCGUGUAUGAGGGAUUCAUUUCGGCUCAGGAAAGAGACUUCCACCUUAAAAUAUUGCUGCCUGAAGAUUUACAGAUGAAGAAUGCACGAUUACUAUGUAGUUGGGAGCUGAGAGCAAUACUGAGUGGAUACCAUGAAAUAGUCCAACAGAGAAUGCAGCACUCGCCUGAUCUAAUGAGCUUUAUGAUGGAGUUGAAGAUGAUUUUGGAAGCUGCUUUAAAGAAUAGACAAGAGCUGUAUGAACUGCCUCCUCCUCCUCAGUACUACUCUAGCCUUAUUGAAGAGAUAGGAACUCUGGGUUGGGAUAAAAUUGUGUAUGUGGAUACUAGCUUCAGUACCAUCAAAUUAAAAGCAGAAGAUGCUUCUGGUAGAGAGCAUCUAAUCACUCUCAAGUUGAAGGCGAAGUACCCUACAGAAUCACCAGAUUGUAUUGUGGAUUUUCCUAUUCCAUUUUGUGUUUCCUGGACACCACAGAGCUCCUUAAUAAGCAUUCAUAGUCAGUUUUUGGCAGCAUUAGAGUUACUGAAGGCAUUCUGGGAUAUUAUGGAUGAAAUUGAUGAGAAGACCUGGGUGCUAGAGCCAGAAACACCUACACGGAGUGCAACAGCACGCAGAAUUGCAUUAGGGAAUAACGUUUCCGUAAAUAUAGAGGUAGACCCCAGGCAUCCUACUAUGCUUCCAGAGUGUUGCUUUCUUGGUGCUGACCAUGUGAUAAAACCUCUGGGAAUUAAGCUGAGCAGCAACAUACAUUUGUGGGAUCCAGAAAACAGUCUGUUACAAAAUUUGAAAGAUCUUUUAGAAAUUGAUUUUCCAGCUCGCGCUAUCCUGGAAAAAUCUGAUUUUACUAUGGAUUGUGGAAUUUGUUAUGCCUAUCAACUUGAUGGUGUCAUUCCUGAUCAAGUGUGUGAUAAUCCACAGUGUGGACAACCUUUCCAUCAAAGAUGCUUAUAUGAGUGGUUGAGAGGACUGCUGACAAGUAGACAGAGUUUUAACAUCGUAUUUGGUGAAUGCCCAUAUUGUAGUAAGCCAAUUACCCUGAAAAUGUCUGGGAGGAAACCCUAAAAUAAUGAAUUUGUAUCUUCAGAGAAAAUAUAAAGCAAGACAUAUUAACACCAAAAGGACAAGUAUAAUGAAGACAUAAUAAUAUAGUCCUGAAGAACUUUC